AUGGUGCCAAUGGUCACGGCAGGGAAGCAAGACGUGAGCCUGGCCCUGGAGGCCUCGGAACAGGUAGCAUACCAGGCGUGUAUGCGGGAUUAUAGAAAAGACAUAGUGGAUUAUCUGCAUGCGAUACAAGGAGGAUCGGUGGAUCCGGGCAUGAUCGACAGCCAGCCGGAAUUGGAGUGGUUCAUGCGUCCCUAUUUGAUCGACUUCUUGAUAGAAGUGCACUCUUAUUUUAGGCUCAGAGUGGAAACGCUGUUUUUGGCGUGUUCGAUUGCAGACCGCUAUCUGUCCAAGCGGAUGGUUCGAAAAGCUCACUACCAACUAAUGUUCACGACAGCGCUGUGGAUAGCGGCAAAAUACGAGGAUAAAAAAUCCAGGACUCCGCUGGUAAAGGAGCUAGUGAUGUUGUGCAGAAAUGUCUACGGAGCCAGAAUGUUUGUGCAAAUGGAACAGCACAUUCUUAGUACGCUGAACUGGGAGGUCGGAUGCGUGGCUUCGAUAUACGACUGCUUGGCUCUUUCCUUCGAAAUGGACUGUUUAAAGUUUAGUUCAAACGCCUCCUGUAUAAAAGAAUUAUCCACGUUCUUGGCGGAGCUUUCCUUGUAUGAGAAAAAUUACAUGCAUUUCCCUCCUCACGUUAGGGCGCUUUCGGCGGUUUUGGUGGCCUCCAAAAUAGCGAGCGAUGCUUCUUUGGCUAAGCUUAUCCGUAAGUUUUACGGAAACGCACUUGGGAUUUGCGAGGUAAGUCCGAGUCAAUACUUUUCUACAAAAGCAGACAAUUCGAAAGAUAUGCUGAGGUUGACCCUGUUGUUGGAGAAUACGUCUUUAGGCGAUGUGAGACAAUGUGGCUUGCAGUAUGUUCAUGAGCUAUUUCAAACAAAAACGUUGGGCAAAUCGCUUCCUUCAGUGCUUCUUCACAAAUAUGAAAAGAUGCACUUCGAGUCUCUAUUCGAAAAUUAUGUUUCCCAAAAUAGGGAACGGUACAUGUCUUUAUGCCAAUUGACUCAGAGCUCGAAUCCAAUGCACCAAGGUCUCGGUCAUGCUAUAACAGACCUAAUUGAAAGUUGCAUGGGUCUUUUGCCCUUGGUCAUGUAUUUGGAGAGUGGUGACGAUUACUUCACCAAUUGUUCCUACCCUCUCAAUCAUUUGAGCUGUUCGAGAUCAUUGAGUAGCUCGAGAUCAUUGAGUAGCUCGAGACACUUGAGCAUUCACAGCCUCGCGCACAUCCGUCGCACUUCAAGCUUCGCCUCGGCCUCAGAUUGUGAACCUGCGACACCAAGGUCACCUCUUUCUGCGACUGGCUCCGUAUUCAGCAGUAUCUGCUCCAUUCCAUCGCAGUCUUCAGAAAGUCCACAGAACAUGCCUUCACACAAGCAAGGGCAAUGGUUUUAUCCAGAAUAG